AUCAAUAACAUUUUUGAAAAAUAAUGGAGAUAACUCGAGAAAACUUUAGCACGGAGCUGUUUGAAUUAACUGUCAAAGAUGCUGAUUUCGUCGCCUUUGACUGUGAAUUCAGCGGUCUGACUCUCAAUCCAAAGGAUAAGAGACACAAAUACGAUUCUACAGAGGAUAUUUACUUAAAAAUGAAAGAUUUGUGCACUUCAUUCAAUGCUUUUCAGAUAGGUAUCUGAGUGUUUAAGUGGAAGGAUGGGAAAUACUUGGCAUAUCCUUUUAAUUUCUAUCUAUACCCUUCCUCUCUGACCCAAAACCACACCUUACAGUUCCAGGCGAGUAGCGUUGAGUUCUUGACUGAGAACAAUAUGGACUGGACCAAGGUAUUUAAGCAGGGUAUUCAUUACUACCCUCGACAGAAGAAAGAGGAACUUAAAGAAAAUUUAGCAAAAAUAGUGGAGCAAUGUACUGAUGAAAAUGGCACUUUUCUGGGCUUCAACAGGAGGAUCUAUGACUACAUGACUAGGCUCGGCAGUAAGUCCGAAGAAGACUUGAAGGAGAUUGUUGAAAGAGUUAAGGAAUUUUUGGAGAAGCCUUUUAAAGAUAAAGAAUUCAUUGAGGUUCAAGCAAAUAGGAAUCGAGUAUGCUGGCAAGCCUGCAGAAGAGAGAUUUAUAAAUUAUGCAAUCCUAUUAGCAAUGUGAAAGUUUCACCAUCAAAAGAUGACUCUUUAAGGAUCACCAAGUUCACUCCUGAAGAAAAAAAAGAGAUUCCUGAUAAGACAUCCAAGGAAGAAGUCAAAGAUGUGACUGAAAAAUUAGAGUCCCUGGACAUUAAGGAAGAAGAGAAGGUUGACAUGGAACAACUUUUUGAGAAAGAAUAUGGAUUUACACAGAUAGUUGAUAUCCUAAUCGAGGCAAAGCUCCCAAUUAUUGGACAUAAUAUGAUUUACGACAUAAUGUACCUCUACCGUCAGUGUAUCGGAGACCUUCCUGAAACAUAUAACGAGUUCUGCAAGACAUGGAGGGAAUGUUUCCCUAUGACAUAUGACACAAAACUGCUGUCAUCUUAUUGCUACCCGAUCAAAAAGACUUGGCUCGGACAUGCCUACAGACAGUGCUUGGAGAGUGAUCUCCUGAAAGGAAAUCUGCAUUUCGAGUUUGACACAGGAUUUGAGAGAUAUAACGAUGAGACACAAGAGCAUGAAGCUGCAUACGAUGCUUAUAUGACUGGAGUCCUCUUUGCAUCAGCUGCCAAAUUCAAAGAGAUUCUUGACGAGACUGGUGAAAAACUUAACCACACUAAAGAGUUCCAGGAGUUAAUGAAGGAAAAAGAGGACAAGAAAGUUGACAAAUAUGAGCACAGGAAGAAAAUUAAUCAACUCAAAAAUGAAAUAAUGAUCAGUGUCAGAGAAGAAGCAAAGAACAAGAAAAUCGAGACUUAUGCUCUUGUCGAGCACGAGAACAAAGCAGUGGUUAUCACUGAAAAAUAACAGGGUGUUCUACUUUGGAACCAAUAAAGAUGAAAUAUCAAAAGCGAAAUCCUUAUUACAUAAGACUGAAAAUGUUAUUUGGAUCAAACUGUUAAAUAAAGAUCUUACCAUGAAUGACAUAUUUGAAGGAUGCAAGUACCUUGCUGACGUCCACAUCCAAAGAGACGGCGAAGAUGCCUAUUUCGUUGACUUCCAGGUAAUAUAUGAGAAGAAAAAGAAAAUUAGAGAUAUGAUUCUCGCGUUGGAAGAGAAAUUCGGAGAUUCUGCAAAGAUCACUGACUACAAGUCAGCAGAGAGGUAUAGAGCAAUCUUCUAAAUUCAAUCAGCUCAAA